CUCCAACUUCCGCAAAUUUCAGAUGUCAAGAAGUGAAGAACUCCUUUGUACAAAGUACAUAUUUCGUUUAUUUAACUAAAGGAAGUAACAGACGAGAGCGACGGCUGUGGCGCCAAAUUCUCAGCUGUCAUUGUGUCUGACAAGUUCCAAGGGAAGCCCUUACUUGCGCGUCAUAGGCUGGUAAACUCAGUACUGCAAGAGGAGUUGAAGACGAUACACGCGUUCACACAGAAGACGCUAACAGUGGAACAGUGGAAACAACAGUCGUAAAAACUGUUUAGUAUAUUAUAAUAGAAUUAUUAUAGACUCUGUGGUUUUCUUUAACCUUUAGUACCCGGUCAAGUUAUUUGUGAGUGUGAUAAAAAAAAAACCUGCCCGUAAAAAUGGAAAUUCUAGAAGUGUCAGCUCCAGGAAAAAUAAUCCUACAUGGUGAACAUUCUGUGAUGUAUGGAAAAACAGCUUUGGCAGUAAGUUUGGGAGUGAGAUCUUCUGUUGUCCUCAGGCAACAAGAGCCUACAGGGUGUCCCGUAGUCCAUGUCAUAUUUCCAAACAUCGAUUUAGACGAGUUAUUGCCUUUAAAACCAAUCGCGGAAAUUUUCCCCGGCGAACCUGUUAGGGUGGACCACGAAGAUUAUAUAAAUAAAAUAAAUAACCUACUUUGCCGCAUCCGUCCGAACUUCGAAGAACUCAAAGAUACCCAGAAAAAUUCUUUAAGAGCACUUUUGUAUGCUUUAAUAGGAAUUUUUGGUACAACCAAUUUGGAUAUAACGGAUUUUACAAUACAACUGAGUACAGACUUGACUGUCGGUGCUGGUACGGGCAGUUCCGCCUCGUUUGCGACAUGCCUCUGUGGCGUGUUCGUCAAACUGGUGCAGCUGAAGACCACCGGCGAGAUUCUUGAUUUUAGCGAAGAUGAGAAAAAAUUGGUUUCCGGUUGGGCGUUUAAUUGCGAGCGGAUCAUGCAUGGCGCACCCUCUGGCAUAGACAAUACGACGUGUACAUUCGGGGCACUAGUAUCAUUCAAGAAGGGACAAGUGCCAGUGCUUCGUCCGAGCCCAGAGUUGCGCGUGUUGUUGGUGGACUCCGGGGUAACGCGUGAGACAAGCCGGCUGACUGCGGCUGUGGCGGAGCUACGCCAAUGCUAUUCCUCUGCAGUCGGUCAUAUCAUGGAGGCAAUGGAUAAUGUUGCUCUUACCGCUGAACAGCUGCUACAAAAAUUGGUUCAACCGGAAUCUGAAGAAGAAGUCCACGCCGCUUACAAACAUUUGCAUGAGCUAUGGGAGAUGAACCACUGCCUGCUGGCGUCGCUGGGCGUGUCACAUCCCGCGCUGGAGACCAUCCGCGCCAUCGCACACGAACAUGGCCUCGCCUGCAAGCUCACCGGCGCCGGCGGUGGAGGUAACGCGAUUGUGUUGGUACCACCUCACACACAAGAGACUACAGUGACGUCAUUGAAAACUACACUUGUAAGCAGAGGUUACAAAGUCGCUGACACUAUAGUCGGUGGUCCCGGUGUCAUCAUUAAUUAUAAAACUCAACUUUAACAUUUUUUUACAUAUUUUAAGUAGUGGCAGAAUUGUAACAUUCCUUUUGCCUAAUUAAAAAGGUAAAUGUCAAAAUUGACGUUUAGGAUACGUCAAAUUUGAUUUUUUUAUUGUUGUGGAAUUCUUAUUGUGUGGCUCGAAUAAUUUAUUUUAUUAAAGCAUUCCUUUUAGAAUAGGAUAUUUGGAAAGUUUUUAGACUGGUUUUUAAUAUUUACUUGUAGGCUUUACAGGUUGUAUGUAAGCAUAAUAAUAUACAUAUAAGCAUAAUAACGUAAUAAAUAAUGCAUUUGUGGA